AUGGUAGGAAGUUUGGAUGUAUUACAACUACGAUAUAUAAUUGCUGCGAGUUAUCCAGCAGUAUUUAUUGCAACUAUUCCCCUGUAUUAUUUCUUAAAACAAUAUGGAUCUAUAAUAGGGGCUAAUCCCCUUGUAUCAUUCUUUGAAGACUAUAUAGUUAAACUGUAUGGAUAUAUAUGGUUCACCUUAAUUUAUUUUAGCUUUUUAUUUUUAUAUAUACAAUCAGAUUAUAAAGUUCCUAUUAGUAAGAUAAUUCAAUUUCUUAGAAGUUAUGGACUCAAUUCACUUUUCUUCUUUCUUACUCAAGUAUGGUUUUUCGGAUCUCUGAUCUUUGAAAGAAUUAAUAUUGCAACAGGAGGUCAUUGUAUUAAUGAUUUAAUUAAAUCUGAAUCUUAUUGUAAACUGAAUGGGUAUCAAUGGAUUAAUGGAUUUGAUUCUUCUGGUCAUUUCUACUUUUUAAUAUCUAUAAGUCUUUUAGUAUGGGGAGAAUUAAUAAAUCAUUUAGGUAUUCAAUCAAGAUCAAAGAUUCCUAAUGAUGAUAUUGAACAAGCUGGAGAUUAUGAAUUAUCUAGAGGAACUACCAUCAAUAAUCAAUAUUUUAGACUUUACAAGACCAUUGUAUUGUCUGUAGCAUUUAUAUUUAUAUCUAUAUGGUAUUUCAUGUAUUUAAUUACUUGUAUAUUCUUUCAUACUAUACCAGAAAAGUUUGCAGGAUUACUCAAAGUAUUUUCCAAUUAUUUAAAGAUAUCCGAGAGUGGGAAUGAAAUACCAUCUACUAAUAAAUUACAAGAACUCGAAGCAGAUCAUAGUUAUAUAUCAUUAAAUGGGAAUGAUGUGAAUAUUUAUUAUAAACUGAGAGAUUCAUUAUCACAAUCUGUAUUACAAAGUCUUUUAAAACGAUUAAUUAAACUGAUUACAAUUGCUGGAUUUAAAAUAUUAUCAUGGGAACUUUUUACCAAUGAUGAGUUGGUAGGAAAUUCAAAUUCUCAUGAUUAUAAAUCGGUUGCGGAAAUUGAAGAAGAUGUAGGAAUUUUUGAUGUAUUCAAUUUAUAUUCCAAGUUUAUUUCUUCGCGAGCUAAGAGAAAUCAUAUAAAGAAUUGUAAAGCAUGUCAACAUGAAAGAUCUCAAAAGGAAACGGAAAAGGAAAAGGAAAAGGAAAAGAAAAUCGCUGAUGAUAGUGAUUCUUCAACUAUAGAAACUAUAGUUGGUCAACCUGAUAAAGAAUUCCGAGCUGUAUUUGCAAUUAUUGGUAUGACUUGUGCUUCUUGUGUUCAAACUGUCUCAGAAUCAUUAUCAAAAUUAUUAGAUAAUGGACAAGAUAUUAAUCUUAAAAAAGGUGGUGGUGAUGAGGCUAAUUUUUCAGUUAAUUUAAUUAAUAAAACUGCUGUGGUAAUAAUGCCCAAUAAACAAAUUAUUAAUAAGAUUGUGGAUGCAAUAAAUGAUCUUGGAUUUGAAUGUAAAUUAUUAGAGGUUUUACCCGUUCAAAGAACUAUAAAUACUAAAGUUACAGCUAUGAUAUCUGGUAUGACAUGUGUUGCAUGUGCAAAUUCCAUUCAAUCAGCAGUAAAUGAAUUACCAUUUGUUCUUGAAAGUGGAAUUAAUGUAGUUACUAAAUCUGGUCAAUUUGUUUUAGAAAAUGAAGAUGAUAAGAAUUUAAUAAAAUUAAAGGAAACUAUUGAAGAUUGUGGAUUUGAUUAUGAAUUAAUUAAUAGUGAAAAGAUUAACUUUACAUCAUCCAAGAAAAAAUCAAGAACUAUUAAUAUUAGUGUUGAAGGAAUGCAUUGUGAUCAUUGUCCAAAUUUAAUUAAUAAUUAUUUAUCAAGUUAUGGUGAAGCUAUUGUAAUUAAUGAUGAAAUAAGUUUAAGUCAUCCAUAUAUUAAAUUUACUUAUAUUCCUGGUAUAAAUUUAACUAUUAGAAAACUUCUAUUUGAUUUAAAUCAUAUUGAACCACUUGAUUCAGAUGAAGAUGCUUAUAAAAUUAAUGUAGAUAAAAAGGGAUUAUUUAAUUGUGAAUUAGUUGAACCUCUAUCAAUUGAUGAACAUGUUAAGAGACUUCAUAAAAAGGAAUUAUUAAGAUUGGCUUAUCGUUUAAUCUUAACAUUUAUAUUUGCAAUUCCAACUUUUAUAUUUGGUAUUGUUGCCAUGUCUUUAUUACCAUCUUCCAAUGGAUUUAGAAAAUGGGUAGAAGAACCUAUUUGGUCAGGUAAUGUUUCAAGAGUUGUAUGGAUACUAUUCUUUUUAAGUACUCCUGUAUAUUUCUUUGCAGCUGAUGUUUUCCAUCGUAAGGCAAUUAAAGAAGUUACAUCAUUAUGGUUACAUAAGAAUUCAUUUAAAUCAAGAAUCUUUAAAUUUGGUUCCAUGAAUUUAUUAAUGUCUUUAGGAACUUCAAUUGCUUAUUUUGCCAGUAUAGCAUUAUUAAUUUUAAGUUCUCAACAAUCAGUUCAUACUCAUAUGGGACUUCAUACUACAUACUUUGAUUCGGUUGUAUUUUUAUCAUUCUUCUUAUUAAUUGGUAGAUUACUUGAAAGUUAUUCAAAGGGUAAAACAGCCAAUGCUAUUGCAUCUUUAAGUGCUUUAAAAGUUCAAGAAGCUACUGUAGUUGAUUUAGAGAAUCUGAAUUAUAUUAAUGAUACUGUUGUUAAUGUCAAAUAUUUAGAAUUUGGUGAUACAAUUAAAAUUGCAUCUGGAGAAUCUCCUGCUGUAGAUUGUGUUAUUGAAGAAGGGAUUUCUGAAUUUGAUGAAUCAGCAUUAACUGGUGAAUCAAUUCCAGUAAAGCAUGGUCCAGGUCAUCAAAUCUUUUCUGGUACAGUUAAUAUAGGUAAUAAUGUUAUUAUUGCUAGAGUUAUAAGUAUUGAAGGAGAUUCACUUAUUGAUCAAAUUGUAAGUACAGUAAGAGAUGGUCAAUUAAGAAAAGCUCCUAUUGAAAGAACUGCAGAUGUAUUAACGGGAUAUUUUGUACCAGUAAUAACUUUAUUGGCAAUAAUUACUUGGAUUAUUUGGUUAGUGUUAGGAGAAACUGGUUCAUUACCAUCUAAUUAUUUAGAUAUUGAUAUUGGAGGUUGGGUUGUAUGGUCAUUAGAAUUUUCAAUUGCUGUAUUUGUUAUUGCAUGUCCUUGUGGAAUUGGUUUAGCAGCUCCAACUGCAUUAUUUGUAGGAUCAGGUUUAGCAGCAAAAUAUGGGAUUUUAGCUAAAGGUGGAGGAGUUGCCUUUCAAGAUGGUGCAUCAACAAAUGUAGUUUGUUUUGAUAAAACUGGAACUUUAACUAAAGGUGAAUUACAAAUUACUGAUUAUUCAUUUAAUAUUGAUGUGGAAUCAAAAUCUGAAAUCAUUAAAACUUUUGCCUUACAAAUUACAAGAGAUCUUGAAUUAGCAUCUAAACAUCCAUUAGCAAAAUCAGCUAAAUCAUUUGUAGAAAACUUUGGUAAUAAAAUGCAAACUUUUAAAGGAUCUCCAAAUAAAGUUCCUCAAGUUGAAACAGUUCCUGGAAAGGGAUUAAAGGGGAAUAUUAUUUAUGAAGAAGGUGAAGAAGAUAUUUGGAAUAAAUAUAAACCCAAGGCUGCAUUUUUAGGUAAUGAACAAUUAGUAAAAGAUCAUAAUAUUAAAAUUAGUGAGAAACAUCAAAAGUUAUUGGAACAAUGGAAAGAACAAUGUAAAUCACUUAUAUUAGUUGGAUUACAAUGUUUUGAAAUUUUUAAUGAUGAAGAAUUUCAUUUAGUAUUACUGCUUGCUGCUAGAGAUGAGAUUAGAGUUGAAACUAAGAAAGUUAUUGAAUAUUUAACCAAUAAAUUAAAUAUUGAAUGUUGGAUGAUUACUGGAGAUAAUCGAGUUACUGCUGAAGCUAUUGGUAAAGAGCUUGGUAUAAGUAAUACUAAUAUUGUUAGUGAAGUUUUACCUGAUGAAAAGCAAGCUCAUGUUAAAAGAAUUCGAAAAUUAAAGGGUGAUAAAGGUAUUGUGGCUAUGAUUGGUGAUGGUAUAAAUGAUUCACCUGCUUUAGCAACGGCUGAUGUUGGUAUUGCAUUAGCUAGUGGAGCUGAUUUGGCCGUAACUUCAAGUGAUUUUAUUUUAUUAAAUAAAUCAUUUCCUUUAAUUUCUUUAUUAACAUUAUUUGAUUUAUCAAGAGUAGUAUUUAAGAGAGUUAAAUUUAAUUUUGGAUGGAGUUUGGUAUAUAAUAUCAUUGGUAUACCAAUUGCUGCUGGAGUCAUUUAUCCUUAUAAUAAUACAAGAUUAAAUCCAGUAUGGGCUAGUGUAGCUAUGGCUGCUUCAUCAAUUAGUGUUGUAUCAAGUAGUUUAGCCUUAAAGUUUUAUCGCCCAAGGAUUAGUACGAAAGAUUUUGAUUCGAUAAUUAACAAGAGUCCUGAUGCAGUUUAUGAACCCAUUGAACAUUAA